AUGGGUAGUCUAGACCCCGAGAGAGAGGCAUUAGAGCCUACGUUCGCUAUGGAUACUAUUACCGACUCGAUUCAACAAGCUAAAAUCCCCCUUACCCACAUCCAAACGGCACAUGCGGCCUCCAAGUUGCAAGAAGAGAUGAUUCUUGCGACAAUGAUGGACGUGGACCAUCAGGUCUAUCUGGAAACAUACCAUUUCACUACGACCCAGAAGAUCCAGGCCACCCAGUUGUCCCAUGCCCUGCAGAGACUGAUAGAAAAACACGCCAUCUUGCGGUCAUUGUUUUGUUGGGACGAUAAUGGCAACAGCACAAAGUCGACCAUGGUGCGUCUUGUGGUUCUCGAUACGAAAUACCUUCUCAAGAUGGGCACCUUCAUUGGGUACAACGCCCAGAAUGCAAAUGUGGUAUUCUAUAUGAUAGGAUCGCCCUUUUCAGCCGGUGUAGAGUGGUCCGGGGAAUUGCCAUGGAAGAUCUCUCUUUCGCAGUCGUCCGAUCAACAAGGAUCACGAUUGACUCUGAGCUUCCACCACGCAAUACUCGAUGGAACCUCGGCACGUCAGCUACUACUCGCGAUUCAAAAUGAGCUAGACUCCCCAGCGUCUGUAGUACCGCAAUUCGACAUCUUUGCAGCCAACAAAGCCCUGGCUAAACGGUGCAAUGAUGAUACUCGCGCUCAAAUCAAGGAGAGGUUUGCGGCAGUGCAAAUCAAACCUAACCUCCAAAGUAUGGAGCCUGGCCGGCGAUCGACUGAGAACUUCCGGCACGCCGAGCAAACAAGCCGCAUCGAAACGAGGUUUCCCCCUUAUGCUGCUAGAGCUGCCGUUCCCGCCUGGAUAGCAAGAUUGGCGCUAUCGAUGGCAUUAUGCUCGUGCGAGGGUGUCAGUGAGACAGUGUUCCUGGAGAUCAUGUCAGGUCGAAAGGCUCUUUCACAGCAGCAUCAAGAGGUCCUCGGUCCUCUAUUGGCUCCUCAAAUUCGACAUGCCCGGUUUCCCAGAGAUACUCCGUUAUCAGAUGCUGCGCAGUCACUGAAGUCAACCCACGAUGUUGAACAUGGGUUUUCUGUUGGUCAGCUCAAAUCACUUUUACCGGAGCUAGCCCAUCAUAUCGAUGUCAGCCUUGUUUGCCAGACAGACAUGUCGUAUCCUUCAAAUGGAGUUGGCGGUUUCCUAUGGGAUUACCGGGAGACAAAAACUGACAUUCCUUUGGUCGUCGAGCUAUUGCCACCGAGAGAAGGAUUCUUUCACGUCAGUAUACGUUAUCAUCAGAAUAGGUAUACGGACGACUAUAUAACUAGGCUCCUGCGAACCUUUGGUGGGUAUUUGCAAUGGCUGCAAGGAAACUACACCCACCUAUCCCAUUAUACCUUUCAUCACCGGAGCUCGGACGGUGAUCCACUUCUCAACAUUGUCAAGAGACACGAAAUCGACGCUAUACCACAGGAGCAGCUCCACUGUUCGACCGAGCCUCACAUCAAAACUGAGGUUGGAGUCCAUGAAAUAUUUGAACUCCAGGCAAAGCGAACGCCACAAAAGAUCGCUUUACAAUACGAGAAUUCCCAGUACAUGACCUACGCCGAUCUGAACCUACGAUGCGACGAGAUGGCAGGCGCCCUUGCGUACCAAAUCGGGCGCUUAGUCCCACGACCAGCUGAUUACGAGGAGGUGGUUGCAAUCUGGUUUGAAAAGAGCAUUGAUAUGAUUAUAGCCAUCAUGUCGAUUCUGAAAGCUGGUCUAGCAUAUGUCGUCAUUGAUGUGAAUCACCCGGCUGAGCGAAUCGCACAUAUUCUUGAGCUGUGCAAGGCAAGCAUUAUUCUGUGUGGCAACAUGACCGGCGCAGAGAAACUGAGCGAAAUCGCACGCAGGAGAGGUGCAUCAAUAUUCACUUUAGGCGAUCUUCUCAAUGAGCAGAACCCUCAACUAGGUCAACGUUCUCUCAAUAAAAGAAGAGAAGGCUUUUCGGCUUCCUCGUUGGCAUGUGUUCAUUUCACCUCAGGGACGACUGGAGUGCCGAAAGGAAUCAUGAUUGAGCAUCGCAAUAUCGCGGCAGUUGUACGUACCAAAGUGCCUGGUUUUAUGGGGGACUGGACUGCUUGUCAGCUUCAGUUGACAGGCCCUACGUUCGACAUUAUAAUACUAGAUGUCUUCGGCACACUAGGAUGUGGGGGACGGCUUAUACUUGGUUCAACAACGAGCUUGCUAUCAUCACUGCCCCAGUGGUUGGAGAAGACCAGCGUAACACAUCUAGGCACGACGCCUGCCGUGGCAAGUGCAUUCAAUGAACAGAUUCCAGUUUUUCUGCGUGUUAUUACUCUUGGAGGAGAAGUGUUCCACCCUUCCCUCUUACGAGACACGCCCAAAGAAUGUCGUAUAUUUAACGGAUACGGUCCUAGCGAAACCACAGUCGUUGCAACACUCUAUAAAACUGACCCGAGCGACCAGUCUGUACAAAAGAUUCCCGUUGGGCUGCCUUACGGACGAAGUCGAAUCUAUGUUGUAGUGCCACAGACCUUCCAACAAGUAGCUGUUGGGGAAAUUGGGGAGAUCAUUAUAGGAGGGCCGCAAGUCACGCGAGGCUAUUUGGGAAAUCCAGAACUAACAGCGUCAAAAUUCCAACCUAGCCCCUUCCCUGACUCUAAACUGGUAUAUCGAACGGGAGAUUUCGGCCGGUUCUUGCCUGAUGGGACGCUGGACUACAUUGGGCGCAUUGACAAUCAGGUCAAACUCCGCGGCCAAAGAAUAGAAGUGGAGGAGACUGAAGCAGUAAUUACAAUGCAUAGUCGAGUGAAGGCCUGUGCAGUUGUUAAGGCUGACACAUCUGAUGGCGGCUGUUUGGCAGCAUUCGUCGAGUUGCAUACAAGAUCUACAACCGAUGACCAGAACGGAGCAUCUGGAGAGCUGUCUUGGUCCCAAACUACAAAGGAGCUCAUGUCCAAGGCUUCUCAGACUUUGCCGGAGUACAUGGUGCCAGCGUUUAUCUUCCAGGUGAAAGAUCGUCUUCCACAUACGAUGAAUGGAAAAGUUGAUCGACGUGGGCUGUCGAAUCGAGCCACGAAACUGAUCGAGGACGAGGCGCAACUCGCAACAGCCAGUUAUUCCGAACCCCAGAGCAAAGCGGAGAGGGUUGUAUGUAAUGUGUUUGGUGAUGUGUUGUCGUGUCGAGUGGGAGUUGAUGAUAAUCUCCUGAACAUGGGUGGACAUUCUAUCACUGCCAUCCGAGCCGCUACCAGAAUCAAUCACGAGCUGAAUCUUGAAAUUACCUUUCGAGAUAUCUUGCAAUUUCCUACUCCUCGUUCCUUAUGUGCCCGGAUUUAUCAACCAGGCGAAUCCACAGAGCAAUCAGAAGCACGGAAGCCAAGAUUGGUCCGAGUUUCAGAGCCUGUGGAGCUAUCUUCUGCUCAAUCUCGGCUGUGGUUCCUAGACCAGCUACACCAAAGCUUAAGUUGGUAUCUAAUGAUAUUGGCCUUCCGGGUUCGAGGCCCGCUUCGCCUAGAUGCGUUGGAAGCGGCCUUCCUUGCCCUUGAACAGCGGCAUGAAACCCUUCGAACAACCUUCGAGCAAAAAGACGGAGUAACUGUUCAAGUGGUCCAUCCGUUUCAGCACAGGCCACUGCGAGUAACAGAUAUAAAUGGAAGCGAUAAGGAGCAGACGCUUCACAAGGCACUCCUUAAGGAGCAGACCACGCCUUUUAACCUUACAAGAGAGCCUGGAUGGAGACCAUCAGUCUUUCGGAUAGAUUCACAGAACCAUGUCAUAUCGAUUGUUCUACAUCAUAUCAUAGGAGAUGGCUGGUCGAUGGGUAUUGUGCUUCGGGAGCUAGCUGUGCUGUACGCUGCGGCUAUCAGCGGCAGUGAUCCAAUGACUCGAUUGACACCACUCCCACUUCAAUAUCCUGCCUAUUCUGUCUGGCAACGGCAGGAGGAGCAACUUGCUAAGCACCGCCAUCAGCUCAAGUACUGGUCUGAACAGUUACAAGGUAGCCAGCCGGCUGAGUUUUUCUGUGACAAGGCACGACCGUCCAGUCCAUCAGGCAAUGCUGAAGUGAGAACACUGAGCAUCACAGGGGAGAUAUAUGACCAGCUCCGAAGCUUUUGCCAGAGCUAUCAAGUAACGCCAUUUGUACCCCUACUGGCAGCAUUCCGAGCCGCUCAUUAUCGUCUCUGUGGGACCGAGGACGCGACUGUUGGGACACCAAUAACGAACCGGAGCAGAGCGGAGCACGAAGGCAUAAUCGGUUUGUUUGUCAAUGUGCAAUGCAUAAGGAUUCGUAUCUCGGAAACAGAUUCAUUCGAUACAUUGACAAAGCAUGUCAGGGAUACCGUAACGGCGGCUUUCGAUAAUGAGGAGGUCCCCUUCGAAGAUAUUGUCUCAGAGCUGCAACCCACAAGAGCCACGGAUCGUAAUCCAUUGGUCCAGACAGUAUUCGCUGUACACCCGGAGGGCUUUGAUCAGAUCUCCCUUGAAGGGCUCUACACUGAAAGAAUCAAUGUUACAUAUGCUACCAGGUUCGAUCUAGAGGUUCACUUCUAUCAGCAUGCCGAUGGCCUCGCAGGUGAGAUCAUGUAUGCCACUGAUCUCUUUCACUCUGAGACAAUCCAAGCAAUAUCAUCAGUCUUUAUGAGUAUCCUCCAAUAUGGCGUGCAAAGCCCUAAUACAAAGAUUGAUGUUAUACCACUCAUGCAAGCACCGUCCACUUUUCAAGAUGUGGACAUAGUCGGAACUCCAUCCACUGACUACCCGAAAGAUAUAAGUGUGGUCGAACUCUUUGGCCAGCAGGUCGCUGCCUCGCCUAGCGCAGUGGCGGUCAAGGACUCAUCCUGCCAGCUAACCUAUGCUGAGCUUGACCACCAAUCUGAUAGGAUUUGUCACUGGCUGAUGGGGCAGGGAUUACCGGCAGAGACGAUUGUUGCUGUAUUCUCCCAGCGGUCGUGCCAAACAAUUGUCACCUUCAUGGGAAUAUUGAAGGCCAGCAUGGCCUAUUUGCCAUUAGAUGAAAGAGUCCCCGAUGCUCGGAUUGAGGUUAUCCUGGCCUCCCUCCAAGAUCCUAGGCUUAUCUUGGUUGGCUCCGGCGUUCGAACCCCAGUCGUUGGGCUCAAAGAUGUUAUGAUAAUGCCCAUUUUGGGGAUCAUGGAUACGAAAGAAAUACCUCCCGUGGUACCUGUCGCGGGGCCUUCGGCAAGCAGUCUAGCCUAUGUUAUAUUCACGUCUGGGUCAACUGGUCAACCGAAGGGCGUGAUGAUUGAGCAUAGAGGGAUAGUGUCACGUAUGAAACGUGGCAACACUGUGAGCGAGAGCGAUUGCACAAAGGCUUGGGCUCAUUUGAGCAGCAUUGCAUUCGAUGCUUCUGUUCUAGAGAUCUAUACUCCGCUCCUCAAUGGCGGCAGUGUUAUCUGUAUAGAUACCAUGACGGUCCUGGACUAUGCUGCUCUGGAGCAAACCUUCAGCAAAACGGGUGUCCGAUGCGCUCUGCUCACGCCAGCUAUGCUCAAGCAGCUGCUAUCCGAAUCACCGGAUAUCGUUGCACAGCUCGAUACUUUGGUUGUUGGUGGUGACCGAGCGGACCCUCAAGACAUGUUCAGAGCACAACGGUUGGUGGGAUCGAGCGUGAUCAAUGCAUAUGGACCAACGGAAAACACAAUUGUCAGUACAGCAUACUGCAUGUCGAAAGACAGCGAAUGUUCCAAUGGCGUACCAAUUGGCCGCGCCAUUAACAACUCGGGAGCAUACGUCAUGGACCAAGAGUUACGCCCUGUUCCCCUAGGAGUGAUGGGUGAGCUUGUUGUAGUUGGUGACGGACUUGCACGCGGCUAUACAGAUCCAGAACGAAAUGGAGGAUUAUUCGUCACUAUCACUAUCAGCGGACACUCGAUGAAGGCAUAUCGUACAGGAGACCGUGUCCGGUAUCGCCCGGUCGAUGGUGAGCUGGAAUACUUCGGCCGGCUCAACGAUCAGGUCAAAAUUAGAGGUCAUCGGGUGGAGCUGGGUGAGAUAGAGCAAGCUCUAUUGGAUCAAGGCAGCUUGGCCGAAGCGGUUGUUGUCUUGCAGCGAAGCGAUGCUGACGAUGAUACUCGUCUGGUUGCUUUUGUGAGAGAGAAGCGGGAUGUUGAAGAUAAGGAACACAAUAACGAGCAACAACAAGAGGAAGGAUGGAAAGAGAUCUUCAGCACAGCCGUGUAUGAUGUCGGAAUUCAAAGUCAUCAAGUUGGACGCGACUUUUCUGGUUGGACGUCGAUGUACGACGGAACUAACAUUGACAAAGGGGAGAUGAAUGAAUGGCUGGAUGACACCAUUUCAACUCUGCUAGAUGGCCGCCCCCCUGGCAAUGUCUUGGAGGUAGGGACAGGUUCCGGAAUGAUCUUGUUCAAUAUACCACAGGGCUUGAGGACCUACGUGGGUCUAGAGCCUGCCCAGCCAAUUGUUGACUUUGUCCAAAAGACCAUCCAUGAUCAUCGUGGCGACCUGAAUGACAAGGUUCGACUGCAUAUCGGGACAGCGGCAGAUGUGGGCAAGAUAGCAGAGUUUUGCACUGCGCAGCCAGAUCUUGUAGUGGUCAACUCGGUGGCCCAGUACUUCCCAGGCGGAGAUUAUCUUGCUCGAACAAUAGGCGAUCUUCUGAAGGAGCACAAGGCGAAAACUCUGUUUUUUGGCGAUAUGCGCUCCUACGCCUUGUAUAGGCAAUUCCAAGUGUCUAAGGCUUUACACAUUCUCGAGGACAAGGCUGAGCCCAGCGCGAUCCGCAAGAUUAUGGCUGAGACUGUAGAGAAUGAGACAGAGUUACUUGUCGACCCAGGCUUCUUUACUGCUUUGCCUCACCGAUUUCCCGGCCUUAUCCGGCAUGUUGAAAUUCUACCUAAGAAGAUGCGAGCCACCAAUGAACUGAGCUGUUAUCGCUAUUCGGCUGUUAUUCAUACUGUCCAUGGAGAUCAUCCCCUCUCGAUUUAUACCGUUGAGAGCCAUAAAUGGAUUGACUUUGUCUCGGAAGCAAUGGAUCAAGCUGCACUCAUCGAUAUUCUUAGCAAGAGAGCCGACGAUACCGAUGUUGUAGCCGUGGCGAAUAUCCCUCACGAAAAGACAAUAGUUGAAAGGGUCGUCCUGGAAUCACUUGAGAAUCAGCCCCAGGCUUGGCAGGGACUGACAUCUAUUCGCGACGAGGCCCACAAGCGCAACUCACUCUCGGUUAUUGAUCUGAUAAACAUAGCUUCCAUGACAGGAUUUCGGGUAGAGGUUAGCUGGGCUCGACAAUUUUCACAGGAUGGCGGUUUCGACGCGAUAUUCCACCGCAUCCAGUCAGAACAAAAUCAGGGACGGGCAGCAUUUCAGUUCCCAACAGACCACGAAGGCCGCCACGCUGACACAUUGACAAACAAUCCAAUGCUGCCUGGACUACGGAAGCCUAUUGAACAGACCUUGAGAGAAGGGUUGCAGCAACGACUUCCUUCAUACAUGGUACCCUCUAUCAUUAAGGUCCUCGAUCAGCUACCUAUAAACCAUAGUGGCAAGGUGGAUAGAAAGAGACUGGCACAAAUGACAGUGACUGUUUCUCCAUCGUUAGAUGAGAUAGAGAGAGAGUAUGUGGCACCCAGGGACGACUUGGAACGGACUCUUUGCGAGGAAUUCGGCAAUAUCCUUGGGUCAGAAGUUGGCAUUAUGGAUAAUUUCUUCAAUCUCGGCGGACACUCUCUGAUGGCGACGAGAGCGGUAUCCAAAAUUAUUCGUCGACUCGGAUCUGUUCUGAAUGUCCGAGAUUUAUUUGAUUAUCCAACUCCCGCACAGCUCGCCAGGAGAAUCUCGUCGGAGAGGGACGGUGAAAUGAUUGAACCCACGGUCGGAGCAUCGCACGCACUCACAAACCUUGCCCCGAAUGAAGUUGUGGGUUGGCGAGAAGCAGUCAGGGAAGCUGGACUACACGAUGGAGACAUAGAAAGGGUAAUGCCAUGCACCCCUUUCCAAGAGGGCGUCCUUACAAGCGACAUUGUUCUUGAGGGCCGCUCAGCAUAUCAGGCGGUUGUGCAAGUGACAAUAAAUUCUGCCCUCGACCUGGAGGCAUUGUCUGCUGCUUGGAGAAUCACCGUUAAAAGGGAGGAGAUGCUCCGCACAGCAUUUCUACCUAGCAUCGAUGCGUCAAAUCAGCAAGGUAUCUGUGGCCGUUCUUUCUUGCAGACAGUCUUUCGUGAUAGCUCUGUUGAGGUUCAAAGAGUUGCCACAAUUCAGGGUGGAAAGGCACGCAGCGGCGACAUUCAACCGCAGAUGGAUAUGGGCAAAAUACCAGUGUCAUUGGAAUUGGAUCGAGAGAGAGGCUCAAGUCGAUGGAGUCUCAGGCUCAAAAUUCAUCACGCUUUGUACGACGGGCAAUACCUCUCUUCAAUUAUCCAAGGUCUGGUUGGGGUUUACAAAGAGGGUAGCACAUUGUGCAAGAGUUCCCACAAGGAUCGGGUCUCUUUCUCAACGUUUGUACGCACGCUACAGGACGGGGACCCCGAUAAAGCUUGCGCCUUCUGGAAGGACUACCUUAAAGGGGGUAUGAGUGCUACAUGGCCUGUAACUAAUGGUCUCAAGGGUCCUAUGGCAGUAGAUCGAUCCCCCAAGAUCAAGAUUGGUGAGUGGGCAGGCGACGCUCGCAAAAUUGCGAAGCGAUUCCAGAUUACACCAGCUGCAAUGGCAAGGGCGGCCUUGGCUUUAACCAUAGCAGAACAUAGCAAUUCGGAUGAUGUGAUCCUGGGUGAGGUAUCAAGUGGCAGAUAUCACACCGGCUUUGUGGCUGGUCCUUGUAUCGCUACGCACCCCGUCAGAAUUAACAUGGCAAAGCAGGACACGUUUCAAAGUACCGAUAAUACGCAGUCUCGAAGAAUAUCACUACAUAGUCUGCUCAAGCUCUGUCGAGACACAUACUUGGAUACUAUGCACUAUCAGCAAGUUGGUCUCGAGUCAAUUAGGCUAUCAAGUGAAAGUCCCGAUUUACUACCGUUCCAAGUUCUAUUCGUUUACCAGGAAGCGGGCCCAGAAACAAAUGACUUCACUAUAUCCCAAUCUGAACAAGGCCGUGUGGACUUCCCUUUGGUAUUUGAAGUGUCUUGCCAUUCCACAACUGGCCACCUUUCAAUCCGAUGUGUAUUUGAUCCCGUUAUAUUUCCGCCUGGAGAUAUCGACUGGGUGAUGCAACAUGUUAUUGAUGCGCUCAGUCUCAUCGCCGAUCAAGCAAUUGCACGAAAGGCCGUACACAAACAUAUUGAUGCCAGACUUAUGAUCAGUGCCAAUGAAAGAGCGAAGUUGCAGCAGCUAGCAAGUAAACAGGAUGUCGUCGCCAACGACCCCGAUCAAACUGUCAUUGAUAUUAUCAGUCAACAGGCAGAGAAGGCCCCGGAGAAGAUAGCCCUUCAGUUUGAGCAGGAUCAGUUCCUCACAUAUCGGCAGCUGUUGGAUUCCGCGACUAUGCUUGCUGGUAGUAUCGAACGCAUGCUUGAGAACAGGAUGACUGAUGUUGACAAUCAGCCAUUGAUUCCAAUCGCUUUUGACAAGUCUUCAGAUAUGGUGAUUGUAAUUUUAGCUAUUCUGAAGGCCGGAGCAGCUUUCAUUCCGUUAGAUAUGAACUAUCCGAUCAAGCGGCUUCAGGAAAUCUGUGAGCUUACACAACCGCCAAUUUUGAUAUGGGAUGGCAUCAACGGCAGCGAGAAGAUCAACAGCCUGACCAACGCGACAGGAGCUGUUGCCUAUACAAUAGCCGAUCUCAGGAAGUCUGGCGGACCAGUAUCCGGAGGCAACCGACCUACCUCUCUGAACAGUCUAGCUUAUAUUCUGUUCACCUCAGGAUCUACGGGCGUGCCAAAGGGAGUCAUGGUCGAGCAUCGAAAUCUAACAGCCUUUACAAUGUCCGAGGAAGGAAGUGUCGACUGUUCAUGGACUUCCAACCGGCUUUCAUUCUUGGCCUAUACGUUCGAUGCUUCGAUGGGUGAUCUGUUCGCGACACUAUGUAAGGGUGGUCGCUUUUCCCUGGUGAGACGUAGCAAAAUGCUGUCGCAACUCAAUACCUGGCUUGAUAAUAUGAAUAUAACACACCUGGCAUUGACCCCUACACUCGGUGGUCUAUUGCCCAACGAUCUUCGUGAGGGUAGUAGGCAAUUACCGCAUCUCCGGAACCUAGUUUUCGGAGGUGAGCCGUUUCGUGCCAGCUUCCUCCGCAGGACACCUGUGGAGCUCACCGUGUGGAACGGCUAUGGUCCAAGCGAAACAACUAUUGAAGCAACAGCAUGUCAGCUACAAGGACCAAGUGCCGAGAGUGAGCGUGCCAGAGCAUACCUUCCGAUUGGAUCCCCCACUGGGGGUUGCCGUAUAUACAUCUUACGACCUGAGACGGAGGAGCCGGUACCCAUCGGUGCCAUUGGAGAAAUAUGCAUUGGAGGGCCACAGGUUGCGCGCGGAUACCUCGGCCAGCCAGACCUAACAGCAUGUCGGUUUACGCCCGAUCCAUUCGCCCCGUCGCGCGAGGGAAGGAUGUUCCGGACGGGUGAUCUAGGCAGAUUCCACAGUGAUGGUAACCUCGAGUAUCUCGACAGGGAAGAUGGUCAAGUGAAGCUUCGGGGUCUGCGAAUUGAUAUUAAUGAAGUGGAGUCAGUUGCCCAAACUCAUCCUGCGGUGACAGCAUGUGUGGUAGCCAAGGCAGUAAACAAUGACUCUGAGGCUCUAAUAGCCUUUGUCGAACUAAGCCAGUCGCCCUCGAUUAAUGGGAACGAUCUUAUGACCUUGAUAAAGGACCACAUUUCGCGCAGCGUCCCGGAUUACAUGGUACCUGCGCAUCUCCUACUUCCGCAGGGGCCGUUGCCUCGAACAGCACACGGCAAAACGAACAAGCUAGCAAUCCAGAAAAUGGCAAAUGCAGCCUAUGAGCAGUGCAUGGCAGAUGUAUCGGCUGGAAGACAGGUUCUUGUUCCAGCCAUACCCGGGACUCUUGAGGCCACAAUCGCAUCAGUCUGGGCUAAGGUAUUGGGAAUAAAGGAAGAUCGGGUGGAUAUAACCAUGCCCUUCUCUAAGUUGGGUGGCGACUCCAUUCGGUCAAUCACCUUGUUGGCCCUACUUCGACGAGCCGGACUGCGUGUAGACAUGGCAGAUGUCGCUCCAUCCUCCACUAUCCAGGUCGAAGCAGUUAAGAUUCGUGAUAGAACAAAAAAUGGUCGUAUCGCGGGCAAUCUGCACGUCCAUGACCGGGGAGGUAGAGCAACUAUCGUUCUUAUCCAUCCAUUCUUGGCGCAGUCGACUAUCUUCGAGCCGCUUGUACCUCUACUAGAUCGCCGCCUCAAUGUUAUUCUCGUCGACGAUCCGUUUUUUGGUACAGAUUCUUGUCCCGCGACAUUGGCGGAAUGGGCCACUUCAUAUCUGAUCAAUCUCAAGCCUCAUUUGAUCCGUGGUCAGCCUGUCAUAUUUGGUGGAUAUUCCGUCGGAGGGUUGAUCGCGUUCGAAAUGGCACAGCUAUGGGGGACACGUUACGGAAGUCACAGCGCAUCUGUCGUCUUACUGGACCCGGGAACAUAUGAACCUAUCAAUCGCACGUCGGCUGGAAACUCAGACGAAGAAAUCAUCCGAAACUCCCUCGGAAUGUCGGACGUUGAGCCAGAAGAUCUUGCUCCGUUCCGAGAACACUUUGACCGUCACAUCCGGGUCCUUCAGCACUCCGCCAGGCCUGCUUUGUAUCAGGGAAGAUGUCUUUACCUCGGCCUCCCUGAGCGUUUCCAGGAUGGCACAACUGCGUGGUGGAAAAAUCAAUGUCCCAACAUUGUCAUGAAUAAGGUUGAUUGCGACAACCACUACAAAAUGUUGAAGGGGCGUGGCAGGAUUCAGGCUAUAACUCAGUACAUCAAUGAAUACAGUGCGAGCCUUCUAUUCGGUGUAGCGGAUAGUGACUCCAGUCCUAAUCAAAAGAAACGCUCACGUCCAUCUGCUCCAUUUGUGAGCACCAAAAAGACAAAACGCCGAUGA